GUAAAGGGUGGACAAAGAACCGAUAAUAAAGCACACCCCUAAAUCUGCACCAGACCAUCAGUAUGGAAACAUCCAGCACAAAUAUCCUGCCUGUCUUUGGCCUGGGAUCAAUGGCACAGUCAUCUGGACUAAUGGAGAUUGCAGUCAGACUGUGUUUAAACCAACGUAAACAACUGUGUCCUCAUGUUUGGGUGCCUAUCCUGAAGCCUUUGCGACCCUGCAUCCGUCCUGCAGUUUCAAAACACAUAUGCUCUGACAUCUUAUGCCAAGACUACCCGAUCCAGCCGCUCUCAUGUUCCCUUGAGGACUUUGAUGAGGAGGGUGUUUUUGCUCCGGUCAAGAACAAGCACGUGGCUUUUGCUGACUCCAAGGGGUGGUCUUUGGCGGAGGUUCGAGUCUUUUCUAAUGAGGAGGAACACUCGGACCUGGACCCGCUGCCCUCCCUCCAGGGUUUGGGGAGCAUGACCGAGGCUGGUUAUAGCUGCACGGUCAGCACCUGCUGCCCAGGAACACGGCUCACACUUGGUUUCCCGCAGCCCUCUGCUAAUUUCCAUGUCUUUCGUGCCAAACUUGCUGAGAGCAUGGUAACACUGGAGAACUGCACGGUCACUGAGCAGGCCCUCAGAGGCACAGUCCGAGUCCGAAACAUCAGCUUUCAUAAAGAUGUGCGUGUGCGCAUCACUUUUGACUCAUGGCAAUGCUACAGAGAUGUGCCCUGCACUUACCUGCAGCAGCGCUUUGGAGGGCCGCACACAGACAUCUUUGAGUUUGACAUAGCCAUACCUAAAGUCCUUGAUGCAAAGAAGAAGAUAGAAUUCUGCUUAAGUUAUUUACCUGGAGGACAGAGCGACACAUUUUGGGACAACAACAAUGGACAGAACUACACAAUUGAUGUGUGUGUGAGCUCACAUUUUUGUCACAACACAUAGAAAUGGGAGAUGUUUGAAAAUAAGUCGUUUUAUUUCAUGUGUGUUGUAAUUGCGAUGUUAUUAA